CUCAUCCAGUACGGCUGCUCCAGCCAGCUGCAGUUCUUCCUUUGUUCGGUUUAUGUGCCAAUGUGCACAGAGAAGAUCAACAUCCCCAUUGGCCCGUGUGGCGGCAUGUGUCUUUCAGUCAAGAGACGCUGUGAACCCGUCCUGAAGGAAUUUGGAUUUGCCUGGCCGGAGAGUCUGAACUGCAGCAAAUUCCCACCGCAGAACGACCACAACCACAUGUGCAUGGAAGGACCAGGUGAUGAAGAGGUGCCCUUACCUCACAAAACCCCCAUCCAGCCUGGGGAAGAGUGUCAUUCUGUGGGAACCAAUUCCGAUCAGUACAUCUGGGUGAAAAGGAGCAUGAACUGUGUUCUCAAGUGCGGCUAUGAUGCUGGCUUAUACAGCCGUUCGGCCAAGGAAUUCACUGACAUCUGGAUGGCCGUGUGGGCCAGCCUGUGCUUCAUCUCUACCGCCUUCACAGUGCUGACCUUCCUGAUCGAUUCUUCUAGGUUUUCCUACCCUGAGCGCCCCAUCAUAUUUCUCAGUAUGUGCUAUAAUAUUUAUAGCAUCGCUUAUAUUGUCAGACUGACUGUAGGCCGGGAAAGGAUAUCCUGUGAUUUUGAAGAGGCAGCAGAACCUGUUCUCAUCCAAGAAGGACUUAAGAACACAGGAUGUGCAAUAAUUUUCUUGCUGAUGUACUUUUUUGGAAUGGCCAGCUCCAUUUGGUGGGUUAUUCUGACACUCACUUGGUUUUUGGCAGCAGGACUCAAGUGGGGUCAUGAAGCCAUUGAAAUGCACAGCUCUUAUUUCCACAUUGCGGCCUGGGCCAUACCUGCAGUGAAAACCAUUGUCAUCUUGAUUAUGAGACUGGUGGAUGCAGAUGAACUGACUGGCCUGUGCUAUGUUGGGAACCAAAACCUCGAUGCUCUCACCGGUUUUGUUGUGGCCCCACUCUUUACUUAUUUGGUGAUUGGAACUUUGUUCAUUGCUGCAGGUUUGGUGGCCUUGUUCAAAAUUCGGUCAAAUCUUCAAAAGGAUGGGACAAAGACAGACAAGUUGGAAAGGCUGAUGGUCAAGAUUGGGGUCUUCUCAGUACUAUACACAGUUCCUGCAACCUGUGUGAUUGCCUGUUAUUUCUAUGAAAUCUCCAACUGGGCACUCUUUCGGUAUUCUGCAGAUGACUCCAAUAUGGCAGUUGAAAUGUUGAAAAUUUUUAUGUCUUUGCUGGUGGGCAUCACUUCUGGCAUGUGGAUUUGGUCUGCCAAAACUCUUCACACAUGGCAGAAGUGUUCUAACAGACUGGUGAAUUCUGGGAAGGUAAAGAGAGAGAAGAGAGGAAAUGGUUGGGUGAAGCCUGGGAAGGGCAAUGAGACUGUGGUGUAAGGUUUGCCAGGCUCCACGCUCUCCUCAUUUGGAAAGGGGGAUGCCAGCAUUUCGGUGGAAGGGCUACUAAAAGUUUCAUGCAGUGAAUCUCAGUUUGAACACUAGCAACACUUAAGCGACCCUCAUCAACCUGCCACCCCCUGCCCCCACCCCAGCAUCAUAAAACCAAUGAUUUUGCUGCAGACUUUGGAAUGAUCCAAAAUGGAAAAGCCAGUUAGAGGCUUUCAAAGCUGUGAAAAAUCAAAACGUUGAUCACUUUAGCAGGUCGCAGCUUGGAGCGUGGAGGUCCUGCCUAGGUUCCAGGAAGUCCAGGGCGAUGCUGUUUUCCCCUGCAGGGUGGGAUUUGAGCUAUGAGUUAGUAACUUGCAGGGAGAAAGAUUUACUUUUUUAACCCUUUAAAGAUUUAAAUACUAACUGGGUUUUUCAGAUAGCAAAACAAUCUAUAAACACUGGAAACGAUGGGUUCAGAGAAGUGUUACAAGAGGUUUAUAGUUGGCUGAUCUAAUAUAAACAUCUUCUGUGGUGCACUGUCUGCAGUUUAGAACUUUGUGGAUUGCACUCCCAAGAGGUGGUGGUGUCAGAAUCUUUCAGUGCCUUUGUCAUAAAACAGAAUUGUUUGAACAAACAAAAGUACUGUACUAACACACAUAAGGUAUCCAAUGGAUUUUUCUUCUGUCUCUUAAGUUUCAGCAUCUCUGUUCUAGGCUGCUGCUGUUUUCUUCAUUUUAUAUUAAAGGACUCAAAAAAGGUAUUUUUAUAGGAAUUUUUGCACUGCAGCAUGCCUAAUGAGGGAAAAAGGAAGGGUGAUUCACUUUUGGACAAUCGCUUAAUUCAGAGCAAAAUGAGAUUUACUAAGUUGACUUACCUUACCGACCCCAGAGACCUAUUGCAUUGAGCAAUGGGGAUUUAAUAUAUUUUACUUGUGUGAUUGCAUCUAUGCAGACGCCAGUCUGGAAGAGCUGAAAUGUUAAGUUUCUUGGCAACUUUGCAUUUACACAGAUUAACUGUGUAAUUUGUGUGUGUCAAUUACAAUUAAGAGCACAUUCUUGGACCAUGACAUAGUAUACUCAACUGACUUUAAAACUUUGGUCAACUUGCAGUCUCAGAAUGAUAGUGCCUUUUUUUUUUUUCUUUUUGAGCAUAAGAAUGUUAUCAGAGUAUCAGAGUUUGGUCUACUUACCACAGUGGAGACUUUUUCAAUUUUGCAAAGGGAACUAAGGACAGUUAAUCCAACUACUUGGUGCAUAAUUGUUUCCUAGUAAUUGGCAAAGGCUCCUUGUAAGAUUUCAUUGGAGGCAGUAUGGCCUGGAGUAUUUAUAUGGUGCUUAAUGAAACUCCGGAAUGCCAGCCAGGAGCUUGAUUGGUUAGUAGGGGAUAAAGUGUAGACCAUAUGAAAUAAACUGCAAACUCUAGCAGCACAUGUCUUAAUUGCCUUUUGGGGAGGUAUCCAAAGCUUUUAAAAUUUAUGCUUUACUUUCCUCACAAGGGGGCACCCCCUAACAGCCUCUCAAAAGUUGCAAUUUUUAAAAAAUUGUAACUGGACUUUCUCUUUCCCUGUCUUGGGCCUUCCUCAUCACAAAAUCUUGGGGACAAAUUGUUGACUGUAUCACAGGUUGCUGUCCUUGUAACUCAUACCUGUCUUUGCUUCAGCAGCUGCUUUGCAAUAACUCAUUUAUUUACUAAUUCAUACCUCUUUAGGAAAAUAGGAAAGUUUGGUUUUUUUUUUUUUUUAAUUACACUUCUUUGUGGAGAAACAUUUCCAGGGACUCAAAAUUCCAAACAGACAAUCAAAUUCUGGAAAACAAGCAUUUCUUCUUUUUUUUUUUUGCUUGAGUUUUAUCCCAUGGUUUAACAUUUUCCUUCUUUCUUUCCUCUUUGUUUUUGUGUGGUUCUUGAGCUAUCUGAGAUCAAGAUGCAUAUAAGGGCCAUUGUGUGUUUUGGAAGGGAAAGUCUUGGGGCUUUUGAGACUAAAGUUCAGUGGGCACAGGUGACCCCUGCUGCUGUGUGCCCCAUCUGAAUACCUUGGCUCUGGGUCAGGUUCUUAGGAGCAUGAGAAUUGAUCCCAGAAAGGACCAGUUUAACUCCAUCUGAGACGACACUGCCUAUGAAAUGUACAAUGUGAACUCCCUGUGCUACUUGCCGACAGUUCCCAUAGCUGCCCAGGGCCCUGGAGCAUGCACCCAGGGCAAGAGCCUGCCCUUACUCACGCUCCGCUCUGGUGUCUUGGGAGUUGUUCAGGGACUCUGUCCCAGGAAAGGGAAGGAGGACCAUGUGGUACAGGACUGGCCUUGCUGUUAGAGUAUAGGGGUUUGUGAUGCAAAUUUUUUUUGCAAUGCUUCCAAGGAAGCAUGUGUGACCAAGGCAGCACUUAGCAGAGGGCCACGCAUGGAGUAGGGCUCAAUAUUUGUCAAUUACUAAGUUAUAACAAUAAAGACUACUUGGGUAAACCCGGACACCU